AAGGGUCCUGUCGUCAUGGCGCCCGUCAACGUGGACCCUGAGAGUAAGCCGGGCGAGUUCGUCCUAAAGAGCCUGUUCGCCAACUUCACCUUGCUUUCUGAACGCAAGAUUCGCAUCAUCAUGGCCGAACCGCUGGAGAAGCCGCUUAACAAAUCUCUACAGAGAGGAGAGGACACACAGUUCGACCAGUUGAUCAGCACUAUGAGUUCUUUAGCAGAGUACUGCCUGCCAUCUAUACUGAAGACUCUGUUCGACUGGUACAAGAGGCAGAACGGCCUGGAAGACGAGUCCCAUGAAUAUCGACCCCGGGCCAACACCAAGUCUAAAAAUGAUGAGCAACAAAAGGACUACUUACUGGAGCGGCGGGAUCUGGCAAUAGACUUCAUCUUCUCUCUAGUGCUUAUAGAAGUUUUGAAACAGAUCCCCCUUCAUCCUCUUUUGGAUGGACUCAUCCAAGAAGUUAUAAACCUGGCCUUCAAGCACUUCAGAUAUAAGGAAGGGUAUCUUGGACCCAACACAGGCAAUAUGCACAUAGUGGCUGACCUCUAUGCUGAGGUAGUGGGAGUCGUGGCUCAGUCCAGGUUCCCAGCAGUGAGGAAGAAGUUCAUCUCUGAGCUGAAGGAGCUGAGACAAAAAGAGCAGAGCCCCUACGUCAUCCAGUCCACCAUCAGCCUCAUUAUGGGACUCAAGUUCUUCCGCAUUAAAAUGUACCCGGUGGAAGACUUUGAAGCCUCCUUCCAGUUCAUGCAGGAAUGUGCACAGUAUUUCUUGGAAGUGAAGGAUAAAGACAUUAAACACUCAUUAGCCGGGCUCUUUGUGGAGAUACUUGUACCUGUUGCUGCUACUGUGAAGAAUGAGGUGAAUGUACCGUGUCUACGAAAUUUUGUAGAGAGUUUGUACGAUACCACGCUGGACCUGUCCUCUAGGAAGAAACACUCUUUGGCGCUCUAUCCUCUGGUGACCUGCCUGCUGUGUGUCAGUCAGAAACAGUUCUUCCUUAGCCGCUGGCACAUUUUCCUCAACAACUGCCUCUCAAACCUCAAGAAUAAAGAUCCCAAGAUGGCACGUGUGGCUCUGGAAUCACUGUACCGCCUGCUCUGGGUUUACAUGAUCCGAAUAAAGUGUGAGAGCAACACUGGAACACAAAGUCGUCUGACGUCAAUCACCUCCACGCUUUUCCCCAAAGGGAGUCGUAGUGUUGUGCCCAGAGACAUGCCCCUUAAUAUUUUUGUCAAGAUUAUCCAGUUUAUUGCACAGGAGAGACUGGAUUUCGCUAUGAAAGAGAUCAUAUUUGACCUGCUGAGUGUCGGGAAACCCGCCAAGGCCUUCAGUCUCAACCCAGAGCGUAUGAACAUAGGUCUGCGGGCGUUCCUGGUGAUAGCAGAUGCUCUGCAACAGAAGGACGGCGAGCCUCCAAUGCCCAACACAGGAGCCACUCUACCCUCUGGAAACUCUCUUAAGAAGAAGAAAACUUAUCUCAGCAAGACUCUUACUGAAGAGGAGGCCAAACUAAUAGGCAUGUCCUUGUACUACUCCCAGGUGCGAAAGGCUCUGGACAACAUCCUCAGACACUUGGACAAGGAGGUGGGUCGUUGCAUGAUGCUCACCAGCGUCCAGAUGCUCAACAAAGAACCAGAGGACAUGAUCACUGGUGAGAGGAAGCCUAAAAUCGACCUGUUCAGGACAUGUGUGGCUGCCAUUCCUCGUAUCCUUCCUGAUGGCAUGUCCAAACCUGAGCUCAUUGACCUGCUCUCACGACUUACGGUGCACAUGGACGAUGAACUUCGUCUAAUUUCUCAGAACUCCUUGCAGAGCCUGUUACUUGAUUUCUCAGACUGGAGGGAAGACGUUUUGUUUGGUUAUACACAUUUCCUUUUGCGUGAGGUCCAAGACACCCAUCAGGGUUUGCAGGAUGCAUCUGUGAAGCUUCUACUGCAGCUGCUCACACAGUGGAGGUUAGCUCUGCAGCUCCAGGGGAAGGUGCGAGGUGGAGUUGAGGUUUGCAGAGUUUAUCUACAUGUUUAAUCACAUGCCAGUCCCAGACUCCCAGAGCGAAGCCCUCAUUGCUCUGUGCUCCAUGCAGUCGAGGGCUUGGCUCUGCUGCUCCUCUGCUCGUGUCAGAUCAGCACGAGGAAGCUGGCAGUCGGUGUGUUAAGAGAAAUACGCUGCCUCUUCACAGCUCUAGGACAUGCUGAGGACGAUGACAAACCCAUGAUAGAGGUCAUGGACCAGCUGAGCCCAGCUGUAAUGGACAGUUUUGUUCAUGUGGCUGUCUCUGACUCGUCCACCUUACCGCUCAGCCACCAUGUUGACCUGCAGUGGCUAGUGGAGUGGACGGCUCGUCUGGUGAGCAGCUCCUAUGACGUGAAGAGCCCGAGCCACGUCUGGAUCUUUGCCCAGUGCUUAAAGGACCCCUGGGUGCUCUGUCUGCACAUCUUCUUGCGGCAAGAGCAUCUGCCCAAACACUGCCCCACUGCUCUGGGAUACGCCUGGCCCUACGUUUUCACACGGCUACAGCUGCUACUGCCACUGGUUGACCCCAACAGCCCAGUUAACGCCAAGAAAACCAGCACGGCCGGCUCCAGUGACAGCUACAUCUCUCUGUGGCGCAACUAUCUGAUCUUGUGUCUCGGUGUGGCUAAGCCAAGCAUCAUGUCACCCGGCCACCUUAGAGCUUCCACACCAGAAAUUACUGCCACCACACCCGAUGGCAGCAUCACCUAUGACAACAAGGUGAUAGGCACUCCCUCAGUAGCUUGGCUUUUAAAACAGCUGGUCCCUCUGAUGAGAGCUGAGAGUCUGGAGAUCACAGAGUCUCUGGUGUUGGGCUUUGGAUGCACAAAUGCUCUCGUCUUCAGGGAGCUGGUGGAAGAACUCCAUCCGUUGAUGAAGGAAGCACUGGAACGUAGGCCUGAGAACAAGAAGCGCAGAGAGAGGAGGGAUCUUCUCCGGCUGCAGCUGCUGAGGAUCUUUGAACUGCUAGCAAAUGCAGGAGUUAUCAGUGACAGCACUAAUGGAGCACUGGAGCGUGAUUCCCUGGCAUUGGGUGCCUUGUUCCUUGAGUAUGUGGACCUAACCCGGAUGCUUCUGGAGGCUGAGAAUGAGAAGGAGCUGGACGUGCUUAAAGACAUCAGAGCCCACUUCAGUGGGAUGGUGGCCAAUCUCAUCCAGUGUGUUCCUGUCCACCACAGACGCUUCCUCUUCCCUCAGCAGUCACUGAGACACCAUCUCUUCAUCCUCUUCAGCCAAUGGGCCGGACCCUUCAGUGUCAUGUUUACUCCGCUUGAUCGUUACAGCGACCGCAACCACCAGAUCACUCGGUACCAGUACUGUGCUCUCAAGGCCAUGUCAGCAGUUUUGUGCUGUGGUCCAGUUUUUGACAAUGUGGGACUCUCUACUGAUGGCUAUCUCUACAAAUGGCUUGAUAACAUCUUGGCAUGCCAUGACAUACGGGUGCACCGUCUGGGGUGUGAGGUGGUGAUCCUGCUCUUAGAACUGAACCCAGACCAAAUCAACCUGUUCAGCUGGGCUGUGGACCGCUGCUUCACUGGAUCGUAUCAGUUGGCGUCUGGAUGCUUCAAGGCCAUCGCCACUGUCUGUGGUAACAGAAAUUACCCAUGUGACCUAGUGACGUUGCUCAAUUUGGUGCUGUUCAAGGCUUCAGACACCAGCAGGGAAAUAUAUGAGAUUUCCAUGCAGUUGAUGCAGGUCCUGGAGUCUAAGCUGUGUGCGUACUCUAAGCGAAUGGUGGAGCAAAAGCCUGGUAACAUUCUGUAUGGCACACAUGGCCCCCUGCCUCCCCUGUACAGCGUCAACUUGUCUCAACUCUCCAUCCAGCUGGCCAGCAUGUACCCAGAGCUCACUCUGCCUCUCUUCUCGGAGGUGAGCCAGCGUUUCCCAACCACCCACUCAAACGGCAGACAGAUCAUGCUGUCCUACCUGCUACCGUGGCUCAAUAACAUUGAGCUAGUGGACACAGGGCUCCUCCCCCCUGCUUCCAGCCCCUGCACACCAGAGGAAGAACCUCGCGGGCAGGCACACAGCAUGGGUCUGUGCCCCAGUCUGAGGGGUAAUGGCUGGGGCUCCCUGCAGGCGACCUCACUGGUGCUCAACAACCUCAUGUUUAUGACUGCUAAGUAUGGAGAUGAGGUUCCUGGUCCAGAAAUUGAGAGCGCCUGGAACGCUCUGGUGUCCCAUGAGAGGUGGAGCAACAACUUACGAAUCACUUUGCAGUUCCUUAUUAGCCUGUGUGGGGUCAGCAGUGAUACCACACUACUGCCUUAUAUCAAGAAGGUGGUGAUCUACCUGUGUCGCAACAACACAAUCCAGACUAUGGAGGAGCUUCUGUUUGAACUGCAGCAGACUGACCCAGUCAACCCUGUGGUCUUGCACUGUGACAACCCUCCCUUCUACCGUUUCGCUGCCAGCAACAAAGCAUCCACUUCACAGACAGGCACCACCUCCAGCAGUAACACUGUGGUAGCUGGUCAGGACAACCUCGUAGACACAGAUGAGAACAAGCUGGUUAGAGAGAGUGAAGAGCGGUCAUCUAGAGUAUGUAAGGCUCACAAUAGAUUGGAGUCUCGCUACAGCAACAGCUCUGGAGGCUCCUACGAAGAUGAAAAGAAUGACCCACUCCCACCAUAUGCCGGUUGGCUGCUGGGUGUCCUGGAGACCAACCAUCCUCAAUCGUUACCCAUGCCUGUUAAUGGAGGCUGCUGGGCUCCUCUGGUUGACUACCUGCCUGAAACCAUCACACCCAGAGGACCACUGCACAGGUGUAACAUUGCAGUGAUCUUCAUGACUGAAAUGGUGGUGGACCACAGCGUGAGAGAAGACUGGGCUUUACAUCUGCCCCUGCUACUACAUGCCCUCUUCUUGGGUUUGGACCACUACAGACCAGAGGUCUAUGAACACAGCAAGCGUCUCCUUCUCCACCUUCUCAUUGCCCUCUCCUGCAACAACAACUUCCAGGUGAUAGCCUCAGUACUGAUGCUGACCAGAGAAAUCCGUGACAACAAGACUCUUACCAUUAAAUCCAGCUACCACACAGAGUAUCAACAGUCACAUGCACCUGACUUCCUGCGAGAGUGGCAGGCAUCUCCAGUGGUGGAUUCCGGCCUUAGCUCCACCUCCAACUCUUCCUCUGCCAGUCUGGGUGGCGGCAGCACUGCGGGCAGUGUUGGAAAUUUGCCCCUCGUAACACCUGAUGACCUGGAGGACCUUGAAGAUAUGCCCAAUGAGACUGACGAGAAGACAAACAAACUCAUAGAGUUCCUCUCCACCAGAGCGUUUGGGCCGCUGUGGGUGCACGAGGACAUCUCACCGAAGAACCCUAACUCCAAGAGUGCAGAUCAGCUCUCCAACUUUCUACGCCACGUUGUGUCUGUCUUCAAGGAGUCCAAGUCAGACUUCCACCUGGAGCAGCAGCUGAGUGAUGUUGCCUUACAGACGGCUCUAUGCAGCUCCUCACGUCAUUAUGCUGGACGCUCUUUCCAGAUCUUCAGAGCCCUCAAACAGCCAAUCAACAACCAUGCUGUCUCUGACCUGAUCUCACGCUUGGUUGAGGUGGUGGGAGAACACGGAGACGAGGUGCAGGGCUAUGUGAUGGAGGUGCUAUUGACACUGGAGUCAGUGGUGGUGAAUCUUGCAGAAUGUCUAAAAAACAGCGACCUUAUGGCAGCUCUAACCAGGACAUCUUCACCAGACUUUGUGACUAGUGAAAAACUGAUGAACAGAAAGAGCACAGGUCAGUUGAACUUCCCCGGUCCAGGAUUUGGUGGUCUGUCAUCACAACGCCACCAGCGCUCUUACUCGGUCCCCAAGAAGUUUGGCGAGUGUGGCUACCAGUCGAGCGAUCCUCCUCGCAGUGCAACUCUGGAUCGCAUACAGGCCUGCAACAAUCAUGGCCUCUCGCGAACAGGAAGAACCCCGGGGUCCUGCACAUCAUCAACCAAUCGCAUUGAUCCCAGUGUUCUCUCGGAUCCUGCUCAUGUUUCCCAUCCUUCUACAAUACUGGCCACAGUCUUCUGGGUGGCAGUUUCACUCAUGGAGUCAGACUUUGAGUUUGAAUAUCAGAUGUCACUUCGCCUUGUUCACAAGCUCCUGUCAAAGGUGCCCUUAGACAGAGCAGAAAACCGUGAGCGCCUAGAGAAGCUGCAGGCUCAGCUGAGGUGGAGUGGUUUCUCUGGGAUUCAGCAGCUUUUGUUGAAGGGUUUCACCUCCCAAGCCACCUCUGACCUCACCCUGCAGCUCUUCUGCCAACUUACUCCAGUCUCCCGCGUGCCUGUCGUCGACAGCUCACAGUCUAUAGGAUUCCCUCUAAAUGUGCUGUGUCUGCUGCCUCACCUAGUGCAGCACUUUGGCCAUCCAACUCAGUUUUGUAAGGAGAGCGCUGAGAGGAUCGCACAGGUGUGUUUAGUGGAGAAGAACACAAAGCUGUCCCAUUUGGCCCAUGUGAUGACUCUCUAUAAAACACGUUCAUACACACGGGACCCUUUCUCCUGGGUCAGUGUGGUUUGUCGCUACCUUCAUGAGGCUUUCUCCGACAUCACACUCAACAUGGUGACCUAUAUGGCUGAGCUGCUGGAAAAGGGCCUUCCCAGUAUGCAGCAGUCUCUACUUCAGAUCAUCUACUGUCUGCUCAGCCACAUGGACCUGACUGCUGUACAAGUGAAACAGUUCAAUGCUGAUGUCACAAAAACCAUUGAGAAGUUUGUCCAGACAGUACACUGGAAAGACGCCUUAAACAUCUUAAAGCUGGUGGUAUCACGCUCUGCCAGCCUAGUCCAUCCAGUGUAUGGCCACACGCAGGGAGACAUUUCCAACCUAGAGGUCAGCAGGGUGUGGGACGGUUCAGCCAAAGCUCUGCCCGGUAAAACACUGGACUUCACCUUUGACAUCUCUGAGACCCCAGUGAUUGGGCGCCGGUUUGACGAGCUCCAGGGUUCAGGGGGUAGAGAAGGCAAGGCCAGAGCCAUGGCUGUAACCCGCAGUACUUCUUCCACCUCCUCUGGAUCCAACUCCAACACCAUCCUGGUGCCCGUCAGCUGGAGACGACCACAGUCAUCUCAGAAAAGAACCAGAGAGAAGCUGGUGAAUGUUCUGUCUCUAUGCGGACAAGAAGUUGGACUGACUAAGAACCCAUCUGUGAUCUUCUCAUCAUGUGGUGACCUGGACAUGAUGGAGGUGAGGGAGAGUGGUGUUUCAUCAGAGGAGGGCGGAACCAGAGAGGACACGCUAGAUGACACUGCCAGUGAGCAGCAAUUUAGGGUUUUCCGAGACUUUGACUUCUUGGAUGUAGAGCUGGAGGACGGAGAGGAGCUCCAGGGUGAGACCGUCGAUAACUUUAACUGGGGCGUGCGUCGGCGAUCACUGGACAGCACAGAACUGGGUGACAUGUUGGAGGAGAGUCAGCAUUCAGGCAGCACCCCCAGUCUGGGUCAUGAGGAUCCCCACGAUUCAGACGAGUCCUCAGAGGAAGAGGAGUCUUCCACCAGCCAGAGCCUCUCUCACUCUCAGCUUGUGCAAGAGACCAAUCACACUGAUUCUCUGUCUACUUCUUACGACACAUCUGCCGACCCACAAUCUUUCAAUGCCACCACGCCAAGUCAGGGAGCACUCCAUGAUGAUUACAGUGGCCUAUAUGUGAGAGCGUGUGGUGAAGAUGAGGACACUCAGGCUCAGGAUGACGAACUGUCACUCAGCGCCAACGAGCUCCCUCACGGCUCAGACUGUGGUGAGAGCUUCACAUUAGAGUUGCCGGGGCAACCUCAGGAUCAGCUGGCCAAUCUGGACCACAAGCUCAACGCAGACUACUGCCAACCCCCACUGGACUUUCUAGACCCCAACUUCCUGCCCAGCUUACGUGAUGAUGUAGAUGACUUGGAAGACCUUGGUUUUCCUCCUCCCCCUUCUCCAUUUUUCUCCGCCAUCUUGGCAGCGUUCCAACCCACAGUGUGUGAUGAUGCUGAGGAGGCGUGGCGUUGUCAUAUCAACCAGCUUGUGACAGACUCAGAUGGGUCCUGCGCCGUCUACACUUUCCAAGUCUUCUCAUCUCUCUUUAAGAACAUUCAGAGUAAAUUCUGCACUCUGACGACUGAUGUUGCUACUUACCUCGGAGAGGGCCUAAGAGGCAUCGGAUCAAAGUUUCUCAGAUCCUCACAGAUGCUCACCACAUGCUCAGAUUGUCCAACAAUUUACAUCGAUGCCGACACUAUCAUGUCUUAUGGUCUCCUUGAAAAGAUGAAGUUCAGUGCACUGGAGCUGCAGGAGUAUCUGGAUACCUACAACACCAAAGAGGAGUCUGCUGUAUCGUGGCUGAGGAACUGUAAAGACACAUUUCCCAGGUGCCCCGGUGACAGUGUGGUUACCUGCCAGCCUGGAGACUCAGAAGAAAAGCAACUGGAGCUUUGUCAGAGGCUCUACAAGCUGCACUUCCAGCUUCUUCUACUCUUCCAGUCCUACUGCUCGCUCAUUGGUCAAGUUCACGCUGUCAGCUCUGUGCCAGAGCUGCUGAACAUGUCUCGAGAGCUUACUGAUCUGAAGACCAGCCUGCAGGCGGCGGAGGCGGCUGUAGCCAGCGACCUGGAACACAAACACUUGGCUCACACUCAUGCGCAUGCCACUCAGGUGGCAGCCAUGGUUGUGCCCAGCUUCCCCACCUCAGAGGCAGCAGUGAAGGCCAUACUGGAGUGCCUUAAGAACCACGAGUUUACCAAAGCUGUGCGCUAUAUUCAGGAGUGCAGGAGGCAAUGGCCCUGUGGAGUGUUUGGUGGCAGCUCAGAAAGCGAGGUCCAGACGCUGCUCAAUGUCUACUUCCGCCACCAGACGCUGGGCCAGACAGGCACCAUCGCUUUGGUUGGUUCCCGCCAGGACCUCACUCUGAUCUGCUCCAAGCUGCUGGAGCUCAACGGGGAGAUCCGCGACAUGAUCCGCCGCGCCCAGGGGUACCGGGUCGUCACAACCUACCUCCCCGACUCCAGCGCCUCCGGGACAAGCCUCUGA